CCCAAAAGCUCGGCUCACGUCUCGUCCCCUCCUCGGCGUCGCUGUCGUCUCCGUCUCCUCCUCCUCCUCCUCCUCGCGCGAGCUCGCCGGCCGCCACCGCCGUCCUGCCGUUUCCGCUGCGUCCUCACCGGAAUUCCUAUAUAGACACUACUGCCAGCAAUUUAAGUGAGGAGAUUUCAGGCUUCUAGUAGCAAGUAAAAACUACUGAUCUCCAAUGGCUCAACCUUCCUCAGAGAAAACGCCGUCAGUCUAUCUUUACAUUCCUAAUAUCAUUGGAUAUUUCAGGAUUAUCAUAAACUUCAUUGCUUUUGCCGUGUGUUACUCCAAUAGGGUGCUCUUUGCUAUCCUCUACUUCUUCAGCUUUUUCUGCGAUGGCCUGGAUGGUUGGUUUGCACGAAAAUUUAACCAAGCAUCAACAUUUGGAGCUGUGCUGGACAUGGUAACAGAUAGGGUUAGCACUGCCUGUUUGUUGGCACUUCUCUCCCAGUUUUACAGACCUGGCUUAGUUUUCUUGAUCCUGCUUGGGUUGGAUAUUACAAGCCAUUGGUUUCAAAUGUACAGUUCUUUCUUAUCAGGGAAGACUAGCCAUAAGGAUGUAAAGGACACAGGCAAUUGGCUUCUGAAAUUAUAUUAUGGACAUCGACCGUUCAUGGCCUUCUGCUGUGUUGCUUCCGAGGUUCUAUACAUAAUUCUCUUUCUGUAUGCUGAUGAGAAGUCAACAAGCUUGCUUAAUGUAUGCAGAGGCCUUAUGAAGCAAAGUCCUCUCAUUGUCUUUGUGUUUGUUUCAACUUUAAUUGGUUGGGCGUUGAAACAAGUUAUCAAUGUCAUACAGAUGAAAACAGCCGCAGACGCCUGUGUUGUGUUUGAUUUGAAGCGCGGCAAGUGAGAAGAAACGCACAAAGAGUUCAUUUAUUUUGUGUUUGACAUGCCGAAGAAAAUAUUCCAUGAGGCUUGGUGUACCAAAGCACAUAUAAACAUAGUAGUUCAGGUGUAAGAUUUUGACAUGUCUCUGACCCGAGGGAGGACAUGCUGUGGCACUAACAGCGUGGAAGAAAAAAAUCAGAUGUAUUCAGGAAAACAGGGUUUGCCAGAUUUUGUAUGUUUUUUUUUCCUUCAACGAUGAAUCGGUGCGAUCGUUGUUUCGUU